AUGGCCGGGCGCACGAAAAUUCAAGAAAGAGCCUUCCGCGAAUCUUGCACCGUCUUCGACUGUCUCGAGCGACGGCACAAGGAGGAAGAAUGGUGGGAGCAGGCAAAGUGGAGAAUCAGAAAGACGGCAAAGCAGAUUUCCCUCGAUUUAGCCCUCAAGGAAGCGGUCGGAUAUAUUAAUUUGAGCGAAGACAGUUCUGCGAUAAAUGGCCACAAUCGAAUCGGCGAUACAUCAUCAGUGAUCAGAAAGUUGGACGAAGGAGCAACCAACGAUCACGUCGAUCGCCGAGGAAAUACUGCUCUCCAUUUUGCCGUGCGCUUUGGUUAUAUAAGAAUUGUUCAGCUUAUCUUGGAGCAUCACCCUCAAGAGUUAGAGAGGAAAAACAUUCAUGGUCACACUGCGCUGAGAAUAGCCUUCGAGACGAAUAAUUAUGAGAUGUAUCACAUGUUACUCAAGAAGAAGCCGGAGAAUCCGAUCUAUCACUGGCUCAUGAGUCAGGGACAGUCGGGAGAUGUUGGACUCGCCUGUAUUGAUAAAUCUUACGAGCUAGGCUCCGUGAUUGUAAACGAUUACAAGCAUUUGAAAGAAACUGGGGAUUUAAAUCGACACGACUGGCGAUUCCGCAUUGCUUUCCCAAAGCUCGAAACGUUUUGCACUUCCCAAAAGGGGCCGUAUUUUCUCACGAAUUUCUUCAAGAGCACUUUGGGCUUCAGAACUGCCAAUAUUGAUGGCGAUUUGACUUCACUUGUGAACAAGAACGGCGCUCUUUUAUCCCGCGAAAAUUUCAAUGGCGAAGUGAAGCUGGUUGAAUUGCUUGUAUAUUUUAACCUGAUGAACUGUCAUUAUCGAUUCUUGGACGAAGACAUAACCUUCAAUUCCUUUCAACAACUUCGUCAAGAUGAUCUUGAACGAAUGGGCUUUCGCCUGGGAACUAUUCGCUCGAUUCUAGCAGCAAUUUACGAGUUGAAAACAAACGGAGCAAAUGUGAUGCAAGCAAUUCUCCGCCGGCGCGUAGAAUCUGUCUGUGAAUCUUCAAGCAAAACUGAUGCAGGUCCUUUAUAA